AGGAAUUUAAAGCACAUUUAAGACACACACACACUCACAUAACAUAAGGAGGGGGGGAAAGUCUCUUCCCCUCCCCUUCUUGCAGAAAGCAUGGAAGAAAGCUCCAGUUCUCCUGUUUCCCCUGUGGAUAGCUUGGGGACCAGUGAAGAGGAGCUGGAAAGGCAGCCAAAGAGAUUUGGCAGGAAGAGAAGAUACAGUAAGAAGUCCAGCGAAGAUGGCAGCCCCAACCCAGGGAAGAGGGGGAAAAAGUCCAGUCCCAGCUCUCAGUCUUAUGAAGAACUACAGAGCCAGAGGAUCCUGGCCAAUGUCAGAGAGAGACAGAGGACUCAGUCGCUCAAUGAAGCUUUUGCUGCCUUGAGGAAAAUCAUCCCCACUUUGCCCUCUGACAAACUCAGUAAAAUCCAGACUCUCAAGCUGGCGGCACGGUAUAUAGACUUCCUCUACCAGGUGCUACAGAGCGACGAGAUGGACAGUAAGAUGACGAGCUGCAGUUACGUGGCUCACGAGAGGCUGAGUUAUGCCUUCUCUGUAUGGAGGAUGGAGGGAGCAUGGUCCAUGUCAGCCUCCCACUAGCCACCGCCCGGACCAAGCGAAUCCAGCUGCCGAAGGGACUGUCCAGAGCCUGAGACCAAAGUGGAAUUGGGAUGUAUCCAAGUUUGUAGCUUCUGAAACCUUAACAACCUCAAGUAAACAGGUCCAAAAGACCCCUCUUGACCUCCCUUGCUCUGAACUCUUGCAGAGCUCUUAGACUGAGCUGAAAACAGCACCAAAGCUAACGGUCUGAAGCUUUGCAACAUCUCUCUCCAGCUGACUGACCAAAGAGAAAA